AAAUUAUACACAAUCUAUGUAAGAUCUGGUAAAAAAUGUCUACUUUGCCAGUUUGUAAGCAUUUAAAAUACAUAUGUGAAUUGUAAAAAGGGUAUUUAACCUCGUUUGGGUAAAUAUUACAUAGUAAUGGAGUCCAAAAUACAUGAUGAUUGGGAAAAGUUUUUCCACAUCCGUGUUAUGCGAAAUGGCGAUUGUGAUUUAUUAUUUUUUUUUACACAAUGGUGUUUUGUAUAUGAGCGAAAUACACGGCGAUUGUGAACUUAGAUUUUUUACAUAUCGUGUUUUGUUUUAUUGAUAUGCGAAAUACACGGCGAUUGUGUAUUUAGUUUUUCUACAUAAUUGUGUUUUGUUUUAUUGACACGUGCGCGCAGUGUAAAAUUCAGAAGUUCUUAAUUUUGAAGUACAAAAUACCGUACUCUGGCAACAUGGCGUACGUCGAAACGGUGCUGCGAGGAUGGGGGCUUGGGGAUUAUGUGGACAAAUUUGAAGAGCAAAAGAACAAUCUAGCCUUUGGCUUGUUACCAGUACUAUUUCCAGGUAGAAGAAAGGGGAAAGGGGGCAGAUAUUCAACCCGGGAAGCACAACUAGGAUUCAUAGAUGUCCAAAAUGAAAACCUUGCACUAGACAAGUUCCUGGAAGAUAUUGUACCUGAAAGUCGACCUCAACCGUUCAUACUAGUCAUUGGGUCUCUCCUUAAACCAGUGCAAAUUUUCAUCAUUGUGGAAAGGCGGGCAUUGGAACAAAGUAGCUUAAUGAAAGCUGUAGAUACAUGCUAUAAAGCAGUGUAUGUCCUGGAUCUAGAAUACCAGCCUCAGUGUUGUGGUGCGUGGGAGUUCCUACAAACAUACAUUUAUGAGAUGAAAGGAGCUGUAAAAUGCAGUGCGAUCAGGGAGUUCAGAAUCUUCGAGACAGCCUAUGAGUCAAUAAUGAAUACCAACAUCUAACUGUCCUCAUGUGAGCUAGCAAGUUUAUUGCCUUUCCAGAUACUUUUGCUUAAGAGAAGUUCCUGUGUUGAUAAAUGUUUUGUUAAACUUUCUCUUUUUUUUGGAGGGGGGGCGGUUAAUUGACAAAGUGAAUGUCAAACUGUAGACUGUUUAGUCGACUCGUUAUCUGAUAUCUGAAGCCAGUUUGCAGCCCGCAUUCAAUAACUAUACUUUGUUUCGCUUCAACUUCAGUAGUGAUGACACUGUUUUGUAGUGUACGCAAUGCUUUACGCACCUGCAAAGUUUCACAGUGAUCCUGGGCCGAGAUCUCGGGGGGGGGGGGCACUUGAUGCCCCCCAAAAAAAUAACGUAGUCUUUUUAGGGUUAAGUCAGAAAGUUGUUUGUUGUAUGAAGUAAGGUCUUAAUUAUUAUAUUUUGUUAAGUUGUUUUCUUCAACUGCUUUUGUUUUUUAAUUGACAAAGUAAAUGUCAAACUGUAGACUGUUCAAACCUGACUUAGUAAAUGUCAACUUGUAGACUGUUUAACCCUUUUCCUUUGGGGGCAGCGGGGGGUCAAUUUGGCCCCCCUCCCUCAACAAUCUGCGUGAUAACUCCACAAUGCGCAUGGGGAGGGGUGGCACUUGAUGCCCCCCCCCAAAAAAAGUUUUCACAGGGCCCAAAAUAACCUAGUCUUUUUAGGGUUAAGUCAGAAAGUUUUUAGUUGUAUGAAGUAUGGUCUUAAUUAUAAGUAAUUUUAUAUUUUGUUAAGUUGUUUUCUUCCAAUGAACUUUUGCUCUAAAGAAGUUCCUAUGUUGAGUGAUGUCAACAUUUUUUAAACUGCUUUUGUUUUUUAAUUGACAAAGUAAAUGUCAAACUGUAGACUGUUCAAACCUGACUUAGUAAAUGUCAACUUGUAGACUGUUUAACCCUAUUCCAAUGGGGGCGGGUCAAUUUGGCCCCCUCCCUCAACGAUUCACGUGAUAACUCCACAAUGCGCAGUGAUCUCUGCAAGCAUAAUUGAAUUGAAGUAUGAUUAUGCUAAAAUUAAGUCAUUUCAGCCAUUUGAAUUUUAAAAGUGAAUUUUUAUAUUGAUUUAUUGAAACAUAGAAAUAUUGCAUUGAAUUUGUACCCAAAAUCAUGUUUUUUAGUCAUUUUUUGACUUGAUGAAAAGUUUUCAAAGGAUCGUGGCCUUAAAUCUGUAUGUGCAGUCACGAUAAAUUUGGUGUUGACACUGUUGAAAGUUGUGCGAUACUUGUUAAAAAAAAAUUCAUGAAAGCUUGUACCAAGACCACUAUGCAUUAUGGAGAUAUUGUGUGAAUCGUUGAGGGGGAGGGGGUCAUCAAAUAGACCCCCACCCCCCCCCCAGUUGGUUAAGGCCUGAUCUGGGUGGUGAACUUAUAAAGGCAGUUAAAUUGUAUGUAAACUAGAGUAGAAAUGCACCUGUAUGUGAUAUAAUUAUUCUGUGUAUAUUUCAAAACACUUCUCUCAUUUCCAUCAUCUAUAAUGAUUGUUUGUUUGCCCUAAUUAUCGUUAAUAAUUAAAUGACCUGAUAUUUUCAAUAGGUGUUUUAUACUUGACUCAUUAGCUUGUCACCAAAAAGAGAAUUCCAAAGUGUAGGGUGCCUGCAUUUUUCCAAUAGUUCGGAUGUAGAAGCAAUAACAUGCCAUAUAGCCAGGGGAGGCGCCAGGGUGUUUUGGUAGGAGGGGCGAACUUUCCAGGGGGGGGGGGUGACAUCAUAAUAUUUUUUGAAAAUUGAACAACAGGGGUAAAAUCAGGGUAAAAUGGCUUAUACAUGAUUAAAAACGCUAUUUUUACAAUUAUCUACCCUUCACCCUUUCUUUUUCUUCCUCUUUUUCUUCUUUUCUCUUAAUUUUUUUUCUUUUUUUUUCCUACUCAAAAUAUUGCAACCGCAUCUUUCAGCAAUUUACAUGGGAGGCCUACUAGUUUUUCAAAACAUGACUUAAAGUACAUAUAUAAUUUUUUUCCACCAUUUUAUAUUCCUUGUUGUUGUUUUUAUAGAAUCAUCCUAAUUAUUUGUAAAUAUUGUAAUUAAUAGUUAUUUUUUCUA